AUGUAUUUAUCCCUGUUGCUUCUUGUUGGUUCGACUGUUUGUGAUAUAACUCGUAUCUCGGAGCCUAAUUUGGAAGCUGUUAACUUUGCUCAUCCCAUAGAAGGACGAAGACUCAGUGGAAGCGUCAUAAAAGAGAUGGAGGUGGACUCAGAAGUAUCUUGUCAGUUUAAAUGCGUCGACGAAAAGAAAUGUUUCUCUUACAAUGUUGGAUCUGCAAAUUCCACAAAGAACAACGCGAAGAGAUUCAAGUGUCAACUGAGCGACUCUGAUCGAUUUGCUGGUUUUGCCAACUUCACAGAGGAUAGAGAUUUCAAAUACGGAGGCUUGCAGAGUCCCUGUGAGAGUGAUAGUUCACUUUGUGACAACAAAGAAGUCUGUGUCCCAAACUAUAGAGAUGGCACCGUACGAUGCAUUUGUGAAGAUGGUUAUCCAGGGAAACCUUGCGUUAACCCAACAGAACCCAAAAGCUGCUCCCAGCUCCUUCGUGAUGGUUUCACAUCUAGUGGUGUGUACACCAUCAAUCCAGAUGGCGGCAAACCGAUACAAGUGUUGUGUGACAUGACCACGGACGGUGGAGGUUGGACAGUUUUUCAGAGACGUUUGGACGGCUCUGUUGACUUCUAUCUUGGUUGGAAAUCCUACAAAAACGGGUUUGGAGAUCUGAACGGCGAAUUCUGGCUUGGAAAUGAGAAUCUUCAACGUUUGACUGCCGUUGGUAAUAUCACUAUGCGGGUUGACUUGGAAGACUUCGUCGGCGACAUUGGAUACGCUGAGUACACUACUUUUAAAGUGGCAGACGAGGCCAAUAAGUACCGGCUUUUGAUUGGAGGAUACAGUGGCACGGCUGGUGACGCCAUGACAACUGGGCAAACGGCAAAGUAAGGCAAUGUUCACAUUUGAUGCCCGAGCUCGGUGAGCGAGUACGAUUCUCGCUGGGCACUAAUGUGAACAAUUUUUUUGCAAGUGCUGACACUAAAAUUCGGGUAGAGUACCCGUGCCCCAGUACAAGGUCGAGACCUUGUACUUUGGAACUAAGACGUUAGGGGUACUUGGUUACUUAGAGUUUUCCAGUGUCUGAACGCAACAUUAUUUUUUGCCAGUGCCCAGGCACCAAGUGUGAACAUAGCCUUUAAGAAUCUUUGUUUACUCAGCAUAAUUCGAAAUAGU